AUGCGGUAUUCAUUCCUGAGAACUCUCUUAUUGGCUUUGCUGAGCCUCUCAAAGGUUAGCUUUAGCCAAGACUGUAGCGAUCAAAAUCAAGAUUCGGUGACCAUUGUUGUCGAUCAGUCGGGCCAGGGACAGUUCACUACGGUGCAACAAGCCAUCGACUCCGUGCCGGCGGAGAACAACAUCUGGACUCGUAUCAUUGUCAAGCCUGGCACUUAUAAAGAAAAGGUUGUGGUACCUGCUGACAAGCCCUGCAUAGUCCUCGAAGGGAACUCGGCAAGUGACACCAUGAUCGAGUGGGGCGACGGUGGUGAUGUUAAUAAAAGCGCUACCUUCACGCUUUAUGCGGAUAAUUUCAAAGCCAGGAAUAUAGGAUUCAAGAACACUUACAAUGAAAUGACACAACGUGGAGAUUUGAGUUCGAUCAAGCAGGCCCCGGCGUUCCAAAUAACGACGGACAAAGUCUCAUUCUACAAAUGCGCGUUCAUAAGCGUGCAAGACACGCUGACAGACUUCCGAGGACGUCACUAUUUCGAGUCCUGUUACAUUGAGGGUGCUGUGGAUUUUAUAUGGGGUGGCGGCCAAUCCAUCUAUCAGGGCUGCGAGAUAAAUGCAACCACGGAUAUUCUAAAUGGAUUGGCAGGCUUUAUCACGGCUCAGGGCCGCAAUAGCACGACAGACGCCAGCGCUUACGUCUUCAGUCAAUGUUCCGUGAAGGGGACAGGGCCUUUCUACCUCGGAAGGGCGUAUAGGCAAUACUCAAGAGUCGUGUUUCACGAGUCAUAUCUCUCAAGCGAUGUGGAGCCGGAGGGUUGGGACUCCUGGGAUUAUGCUGGUCAAGAGGGGACAAUAACCUACGCAGAAAACCAAUGCAAUGGGCCUGGGGCAGACAUGUCCAAGCGAGUCGAGUGGGAAAAGACCCUGUCGAGUGAGGAGCUGUACUCAUUCCUAAGUACUUUCUUAUUGGCUUUGUUGAGCCUGUCAAAGGUUAGCUAUAGCCAAGUCUGUAGCGAUCAAAAUCAAGAUUCGGUGACCAUUGUUGUCGAUCAGUCGGGCCAGGGACAGUUCACUACGGUGCAACAAGCCAUCGACUCCGUGCCGGCGGAGAACAACAUCUGGACUCGUAUCAUUGUCAAGCCUGGCACUUAUAAAGAAAAGGUUGUGGUACCUGGUGACAAGCCCUGCAUAGUCCUCGAAGGGAACUCGGCAAGUGACACCAUGAUCGAGUGGGGCGACGCUGGUGAUGUUAAUAAAAGCGCUACCUUCACGCUUUAUGCGGAUAAUUUCAAAGCCAGGAAUAUAGGAUUCAAGAACACCUACAAUGAAAUGACACAACGCGGAGAUUUUAGUUCGAUCAAGCCGGCCCCGGCGUUCCAAAUAACGUCGGACAAAGUCUCAUUCCACCAAUGCGCGUUUAUAAGCGUGCAAGACACACUGACAGACUUUCGAGGGCGUCACUACUUCAGGUCAUGUUACAUUGAGGGUGCUGUGGAUUUUAUAUGGGGCGGCGGCCAAUCCAUCUAUAAGGGCUGCAAGAUAAAUGCAACCACGGAUAUUCUAGCUGGAUCGGCAGGCUAUAUCACGGCUCAGGGCCGCAAUAGCGCGACGGACGCUAGUGGGUACAUCUUCCAUCGGUGUUCUGUGAGGGGGACCGGGCCCGUCUACCUCGGAAGGGCGUACAGGCAAUACUCGAGAGUCGUGUUUCACCAGUCAUAUCUCUCAACCGAUGUGGUGCCGGAGGGAUGGGACUCCUGGAGAUAUGCUGGUCAAGAGGGGACAAUAACCUUCGCAGAAAACAAAUGCAAUGGGCCUGGGGCGGACAUGUCCACGCGAGUCAAGUGGCAAAAGACCCUGUCAAGUGAGGAGGUGGAUAGGUUGAUCGAUGCCAAGACAUUCAUCAAUCAAGACGGUUGGCUGCAGAAGCAACCCUUUUAAUUUCUGCAGAGACCAUGCAUCUCUCGUUUCAUUUGUUUAUGAUCUGAUUAGUUUAUUUAGGUGCUUCC